ACGACCGGCGCUGUUUUUAAAGGGGCAGAGCACUUUUCAGCGCCGCCUUUAUCCGCCCGGUGCGGGGCGGUUCCGGGGCGGUUCCGCGGUGCGCGGCGGCGCUUCCGCCACCAUGAACUACAUGCCGGGUACGGCCAGCCUCAUCCAGGACAUCGACAAGAAACACCUGGUCCUGCUGCGGGACGGUCGGACGCUGAUCGGAUUCCUGCGCAGCAUCGAUCAGUUCGCAAAUCUGGUGCUGCAUCAAACCGUGGAGCGCAUUCACGUGGGCAAGAAGUAUGGAGACAUCCCUCGAGGGAUCUUUGUUGUGAGAGGAGAGAACGUGGUGCUGCUGGGGGAAAUCGACCUGGAAAAGGAGAGCGACACGCUGCUGCAGCAAGUAUCCAUCGAGGAGAUCCUGGAGGAGCAGCGAGUGGAGCUGCAGGCCAAGCAGGAAUCAGAGAAGCUGAAGGUGCAGGCGCUGAAGGAACGUGGCCUGGUGGUGCCCAGGGCUGACACGUUGGAUGAGUACUGAUGGGAUGGGGAUGCUGCCCACGGAACUCAGCACUGUGCUGCGUGGUGCAGCCACUGAAAUCGUGGUUUCUGUUCCUCCUUGAGGAAAAGGAGGAGAGAUGACAUCAGGGCGCCCUCGGAGGUAACCGGACGCUCCGGGGAGUGUGGCAGUUUCUGUUCAGAGAUGAACACCUCUGUUCUUUUUGGUUUGUGUCUUCUGGCUCCUCGCGUGGAGCUGAGUGAGAGCUUCCCUUCACCUGUAAAUAAAUCCCUGAUCUCAGCAGCAACA